AUGUCCAUUCGUUUCCACGCUCGCACGCCUCUGCUGUCACUCUGGCACGAUCCUCACUCUCCAGAAUCAGUGCGGCUUCUUCAAGAGCUUCACAAGCGACUCUCAGCUUCCUCGGCCUCCAAAGCCGGACAAUCCGUCGCAGAUGCUUCGCGCUCCGAAGCUCAGGGUUACUUGGAGCUUGUAGCCCGCUCAGCUCCCGGCUCUGAAGAGCCAUUCGCAGAGUUGCAAAUCAUCGAUCGACACUCUAAUCCACCUACAGAGACACAAUGGCAGUCUAUCCGGUCUUACCUGCCCGCGCACGUCGCCACACCCAGCGCAUUCGCCCAAGACGCCAUCGACUAUGCAGCGAUGCAAGGCGCGGCCACUGCUUCUGUGGAGCACGCUCACGGAAAUGAUGGUCGACAGACACACCCAGCGGUAGUGGGCAGCGCAGCUGCACCGCCCGACGGAUCGGUCAGGACGAGGAUCAGAGAGGCGAGAGGUUACAAGCCUCAGUCUGCCGUGCCUCUUGCUUCCGAAUCCACCUCUCCGGCUUUGGCGAGCGAAAAGGAACCUUACGCAGCCACGCCACUAGAGCCGAAUGCGACUGAAUAUGCAGAACUGCAAAAAGCGACGGAUCUGUCGGGCGUGGACGAGGACACUUCUGCACUGCCUGUCAGAUUGAGACCAGGACCUAUCCUCGUGGCGUGGGAUGAUGGAGUGGCCGCAGCAGACUGGGCUGGGGCCAAGGAGAUCUUGAACAUGUUGGAGAAGCGAAAUCAAUCAAAGGGCGUUGGACGAGGGUCCAGCUGCGUCAUAGCGUAG